ACACGAGAUACUCAACGAGGAGUCGUAACUGAACAUCGUAGAAGAAAAUUUCGGAAAAAGAAAAAAGGAAAAAAUAGUCUGUCUGUAUAUUAAAGUGGUGUAGACGAUGCUAUUUCAAAUUAUACUGCACGUAUACAAAAGUUGAAACGGAGCAGGAAUUUCUCGUGUGAAUCCAUCCCAAAACCAGCACCAUAAAUUUGGUCCUCACAUCAGAACUCACAAAAUCAAUGCCAGCGCAGAAUCGCGAUGACUCCCGCCGCGGCCGCCGCCGCAAGCGCCCGCCUACUCGGUUUUCUGGUGGUGGUGCUCCGCCGCCUCCACCUCAUCAAGAACAUCAACAUGCUCCGCCGCAACAACAAAUUCAAGAAACCCCAGCAGUUAUGGAUUCCGACGACAGUGGCACUGACCCUGAAGAAUUUGAUGAAGUUAUUACGGUAUCACUUUCUGAACUUCGCAGCAAUGUGCAAUGCCCAAUUUGUUUAGGCAUUGUGAAGAAAACAAGGACUGUGAUGGGAUGCUUACACCGCUUUUGCAGAGAAUGCAUAGACAAAUCUAUGAGGCUCGGGAACAAGGAAUGCCCUGCUUGCCGUAUGCACUGUCCAAGCCGUCGGUCUUUGCGAGAUGAUAACGUCUUCGAUAGCUUUAUUAGAUCUGUAUUUCCAGAUGUGGAAAAGUAUGAGCAAGAGGAACUGGUUCUGUAUGAAGAGGAGAAGGCAGUUAAUGAGCAGCUUCAAGCAUCCAUGAACGAAUGCUUCCAACGACAAGCAGAAGCUAGCAGGGCGCGUAAGGGUAAGGCUUCAGCGUCAAGAAUGGAUCAAAUGUGUAGGAAGAGCGGUUUGAGGUUGGAGUUUGGUGAAUCGAGCAAUGCACCAGCCGUCUUCAAAAUCAAAGAUGAUGAUGAUCAUCAGCCUAUCUAUGCAAUCCCAACUCCCUGCAUAGUUGGUGAUGAACAAGAUGCAGAGGCAGAGGCAGACACGGACUUGCCCGCCUGGGGUGGAGCCGGCUUCAGAAGCCAGGCUCGACGUGCUGCUGCUGCUGCCAAAGCCAUACAAAGCAGCAGAGUGGAGACACUGGCACAUCAUCUCGCAGAUGUGGAAAAGAAUGAUCAUCAGCAUGUUGUGACUACACACCUCCAAAAUGAUGAACUUAUAUGGGUCAAGGAUUUCAACAACUCUGUGUUAGUUGAUCUUGAGAGAUUUGGCAACAAGCUCAAGCCGGAGCCGAAAGCAAAGGCUCAGGCUCAGGCUCAGGCUCCGCCACAUAUAUCAGGGUCUGUUUGGAAUCUCAUACUGAAGGGAGAGAGAUUGAUGGAUGCAAUGAAAAAUUGAAUGAGCUCGUAAAAGAUGACUACUAAUUUGCAUUACAAUGUUUUUCUGUUAUUUGUUUUUUGAAGCGUUAGGCACUACAUAUGUGAAGUUGCUUGUAGUCUUCAGAAAUACCCUUUUCAGCUUUUUAUAUAUAUAUAUUAGUGUA